CGGCAGACGACCUUUCUCCUAGGAAGGGCCGACGGUUGCGUUUUCGUAAAAUACAGACUAAAAACAAAGACGUUUUAACGUUUUGAGUACUAUCUCUAAGUUGUCGUCUCGUGAUACGUUUGUAGAGGCGAGUUUGUCGACAAAGAUCGUUUAUAUCGGCGUUACCAGAACAAAGGUUUCAAGCUACAGUCGACCGGCUUGUGGCAGACAACAGAACAAUGGCAAAGGUCAAAGACUCCCACUCUGAAAUGGCCCGCGCCCGCCAGAGUGAUGGCAUCAAUGUAAUCUUUGACCAGAACAGCCCUACCUCAUCCCACUCUCGCUCCCGAUCCAGAAGCAGCAGCGGCAGCAGCCGCUCCUCAGCACGCCACAGGGGACGUGGUAGCCACAGGGGACGUUGCAGGUCUUCAUCUUCAACAUCGUCUUCAUCCCGCAGCAGGUCCUCCUCUAACCCCAGGUCCCGCUCUCAUCCUCGUUGCCACAGACCCUCGUCCCGCUGUCGCUGUGAUGGCCAUCACAGGUAUGGCCGCGGCCGCUACCGCCGCUCCCCGCCGCGACGCUACAGAGCUCACUCUCGUACCUACAGCCGCUCACCCUCACCAGACAAAUACUUGCAUAGCAGACACAACAGGUCCCGCUCCAGGUCUUCCAGCCAUCAGAGCAGGCGAAGGAGAGACGUGAACCAGUUUCGCAGGUUGUCCCGAUCCCCAUCCAGAACCUACAGGAGCCGAUCAAAGUCUAGAUCUUCAGGACGAUCUGUCAGUUUGAGUUUAGAUGAAAAAAGGGAACUCCUUAAAGCUGCAAAGGCCAAUGCUAUGAAGAUCCUAGGAACAGAGAGUCUGGAACUUCCUGAAAGUGUGGAACCAAUCCCGUCAGAGCAGUUGAUGGAGUCCAAAUGGGUGUCACCAGAGCCAGAGACAAGGGUGAGACAAGACCCUGAAAAGAGUCCGUCACAGAGCAGUGAGGUGGAGCCUGAUGAUAUGUCCAGCCCAAAGAUAUCCCCAAAAAGGAAAAUCAUCUCUUUCAGCAUUAAUAAUUCUGUGGUCAAACCAGCAGUGGCUGCUUCAUCUUGUGCUAAGGUAACUCCAAGAGUGGACAUCUAUGAAAGCAGGAAGCCCUAUGGCCACUGGGUUCCGGUCAAAUCCGGCCGAACCUCCAACACACGUAAACAUACACUCGCCACGUUACGUUAGUGUGGCAGAGUACAUGGACACUGUAAAUACUGUAAAUAUUGUAUAUAUCAUUGCUGAUAUUUCUUUCAGACGUUAAAGAGUUAAAUGGGAAGAAGUGAAGCUUCGUCCAGGUGGGAAUAUUUUUUUUUCCUCCCGAGUAUUGUGAUGAUCAUGGAUUCAAUAAAGAUUUAUUUGAUCAAGAA